UUUUCUCUUCACCACUUCCUACUACACAAGAAGUAGCUAUAGGCCUCAAUUAGUUAUUAUAUUAAUUUGGUCUAAGUAGUUGUUAUUACUUGUGUAGUAGUUCUUCUCCAAUGGCUGAUUUAGGUUCAGCCUCUUCCAAGAGAAUGUGGUGUUCCGUUCCAGAAAGAAUGCAGCUUCACUUGGCCAUGUUGGCCUUGCAGUUUGGCUAUGCUGGAUUCCAUGUUGUCUCAAGAGCUGCACUUAACAUGGGCGUUAGCAAGCUUGUUUUCCCAGUCUAUCGGAACAUCAUUGCCUUGCUUCUGCUCCUUCCCUUUGCCUACUUCUUGGAAAAGAAGGAUAGGCCAGCCAUGACUUUAAACUUCGUCUGCCAGUUCUUUCUUCUGGCACUUGUCGGGAUUACAGCAAACCAAGGUUUCUACUUGCUAGGGUUGGAGAACACAUCCCCUACCUUCGCAUCAGCAAUACAGAACUCAGUCCCAGCCAUUACAUUUCUCAUGGCAGUCAUAUUAAGAAUAGAGCAAGUGAGAUUGAACCGAAAAGAUGGGUUGGCUAAGGUGGCGGGAACAGUGCUAUGUGUGGUUGGAGCCACCGUGAUCACACUAUACAAAGGUCCAACAAUAUAUAGCCCAACAACUGGUGUGAACAUAAACAACACAAGAGUGACACAAGUGUUUGAAUUGGGGUCAGUGUCACUGGGAGAUGCAAAGGGGAAGAACUGGACCCUAGGGUGCUUAUACCUCAUUGGACACUGCUUGUCGUGGUCUGGUUGGCUUGUGUUGCAAGCACCGGUUCUCAAGAAGUACCCGGCUCGCCUCUCUGUCACUUCCUACACCUGUUUCUUUGGACUCUUGCAGUUUCUCGUCAUUGCUUUGCUCCUUGAAAGAGACGCGCAGGCAUGGCUUUUCCACUCUGGUGGAGAAGCUUUCACUAUUUUAUACGCGGGAGUGGUGGCAUCUGGAAUUGCCUUCGCUGUACAAAUAUGGUGCAUUGACAGAGGUGGUCCUGUGUUUGUUGCCGUCUAUCAACCUGUUCAGACUUUUGUUGUCGCCAUCAUGGCUUCCAUUGCUUUAGGAGAAGAGUUUUACUUGGGCGGGAUCAUUGGUGCCGUGUUGAUUGUAGCGGGACUGUACCUUGUCUUGUGGGGUAAGAGUGAAGAGAGGAAGUUUGCAAGGGAGCAGCUUGCGAUUGCAUCCACUGAGCAUAGCAUCAUAAGGCCCGCAAGCCACGCCAAAGCAUCACUUGCUCAGCCACUCCUUUCUUCAUCAACAGAGAAUGUUUGAACAAGAUCAAAAUUCCAACUUCAAACCACACACCAUUUUCUUGGUGAGAAGAAGUAAAAGAAAAAAGGGGAAAAAAGAUACCAGCUAUACCUUACUAGUUACUACUGCUACUACUACAUUAUGUCAGCAAGUUUGUGUGUGUUGGAACCGGUUUUCAUCUUUUCCUUUCUUUUUUUUUUAUUUAAUUCAAAUGCUUUUUUAGUAGGUCAUUUAGAAUAUGAGAGAAUUGUGGGAAUGGUUGUAAUGGUGGAUGCCACUUUAAGUGGGGCUAGAGCCUGAAAUCCCCCCAUAUGCUUUUGUAUGUCAAUUAAUUUAUGGUUUGAUUUAAGAAAUGAAUUUUUGUUUUUUGGGUCUUGCGAA